AUGGUAUGUUAUAUUUUUUUACAACAUAAUGAUCAUAAUGUUGUAUCAAGUUCAUUGGAAACACAUGAAAUUAUACUUAAAUAUUCAAAUUUAUUUGAUUUUGAUCAAUUAUUAAUUUCAACCCAAAUUGGAUCUAUAGAAGAAAUUCGUGUUGGUGAAGCCUUAAAAACAGAUAUUACAUAUCUUUUAUCUUUAUGUGAACACGGUGAUCUACAUUUACGUGGUGCAUGUGCAAAUUUACUUGUUACAUUAAUUAAAACAACAAUUCAUCUUUUAACACUAUUGUCAUUAUCAAAUUCAUUUAAUAAUUCUUUUAUUAAUCAAUAUUCACUUGUAUCAACUGAUUCACAAGACAGUUCAAGUCAUGGAUUUACAAUCAUAGGAAUUGAAUUAUUAGAAGAUUCUAUUCAACAUACUACAAGUUCCUAUGUUCUUGCUAAAUUUGCGCUAGCUCAACUUAUAGAUGAUAUUGAUUUUCGAAUAUUAACUUAUCUUGAACAACAAUUAAAGCAACAGUACCCUGAUAUACGUGUUCGUCAAGCAACUGCUUCGACUUUUGCUAAGUAUGUAUUUUGUAGAGAUAAUAACUACGUAGCUUUUUUCGAAUUUGGAUGAAUAAGUCGAUUUUAUUGCAUUAAGCUAGUUAUUAGUUACUUUUUUGAUUUUAAGGUUUUGUUGAUCACAAUUCAUUUUUACUAUGUCAAUGGAUAUAUAAAAUUCAUCAUUCAUUACAAGCUCAAGCAUCAACUCGAAUACAAAUUGUUUGUUAUGUUUUGUCUUUUAUAUAGGUUGGAUGUUUAGAAGAUAUUUAUGUUCUUUCAAAUGUUUUAUGAUCAACAACAAUUCGACCAAUUUUUUCAUAAUCAAUAUGAUGAACUUCGUUGACUUAUGCAUUUUUUUAAACAUUCCUUUAUAUUACAUGAUCUUAAUAAUUUAAUCUUUUCAAGUAGAGAGAAAAAAAAAAGAUAUUUAUUAUGUUUUUUUUUUAAUUCUUUCUUUUUAUUUGAAGAUUUAUCAAAUCUCAGCAAACGAAAAAAUGUUUUGAAAGUAGCACAAAUGAUUCAAGUAAUUCGAAAAAUUGAACUAUUUUAUCAUCAUUCUUUUGAACAGAAUAUAGUUGAUAUUUCAGUUUUCACAGAAGAAAGGAGUUCUAAAGUGUUAGAUUUGAAGAAUAUAUUUGACCAUGUUUCGUCUGAAUGAAUUCAUUUGUUUUUUUCUUUUUAAAGAGAAUGAUAAAGAUUCAUCAACAACAUCAAGCACAGAGAAAGUUAAAAAAGUUAAUCAUGCACAAUUAGAUACUUUUGGAAAUUAUUCGAAUUAAUAUGUUCAUAAUAUCAAAUACAUAAAAGUUUAUUAAAUUCAUCAGAAAUGAUUAUUAUUGUCUAUGAAAUCAGUUCUAAGUCUUAUUUCUACACAAGAUUUAUCAAAAAAAUUUGGAAGAAACACUUAAUUAUUUUAAAUCAACAUUCAAUGUACACAAGAGGUAACUUCUUUUAAAUAGUAAAUAUUUAUUGUUUAAGCUAAAACCUUUAGGAUGUCGUAUUGUGUCUGAAACUUGUCUAUGGAUAAAACUUUAGAUGGAAAUCUUAUAACGAAGGUUUCUGGAAGGGUCUUUCCUUGAGAAGGAAAAUUUCAAUAUAAGAAUGCCAUAGUAACAGAAAAACUGAUUUUACGAAUAUCGGCGAUCUUAACGAGAGUAGUUUUGUUGUGAAAGAGUCAGAUCUUUUGAUUGGGUUCUAUCUUUAAAUCCGAAUAUUAAAUUCAGCUAGUUUACGUGAGCGAUCUGCAAGACACACUAUCAAUUCGAAAUUUGAAAAUCAUUUUUUCUGUUAACAUAACAUUCAUGGUGACCGUACAAUUCGUCGCACGACAAUUCGUCGCGUACAAUUCGUCGCGAACAAUUCGUCGCACGAUCAAUUCGUCGCACGACAAUUCGUCGCAAAACAAUUCGUCGCACAUGUAUUGUAGAGAAUACAUUGAUUGAAUUAAGUAAUUUAGUUUAAAAUGUUAUACAAUUAAUUGCCUUAAAAAAAAACUUUUGUUUAGACUCAUAAGAAUCUUUUUUCAUAAUACAAUGAUUUUCUCAAAAAUAAAAUAGAGAUAUCAAUUUAAAGCCUAUUUUAAAAUUUAAUUAAAAAAAUUGAAGCUUGAUUUUGGAUAAAAUUCUAUGUACACAAA